CGAGACUGGUUUCCGUCUCCGCUCCCGUGGUUCCGCCCCGGAAGUGCGUGUCGGAAGACGGCCCGUCCCGGAAGUCGCUUUGGCCGCGGUGUACACGUGCGGCUGUGUCAUGAAGUUCGCGUACCGGUUCUCGAAUUUGCUGGGUACGGUUUAUCGACGUGGAAACUUAAAUUUCACCUGUGAUGGAAACUCAGUCAUCAGCCCUGUGGGGAACAGAGUCACUGUGUUUGAUCUUAAGAACAACAAAUCUGACACUCUGCCCCUGGCCACGAGGUUUAACGUGAAGUGCGUGGGGCUGUCCCCUGAUGGCCGGCUGGCGAUCAUCGUUGAUGAAGGGGGCGCUGCGCUGCUGGUCAGUUUGGUCUGCAGGUCUGUGCUGCACCAUUUCCACUUCAAGGGCUCCGUGCACAGCAUUUCCUUCUCCCCGGAUGGCAGGAAGUUUGUCGUCACGAAGGGCCACAUCGCACAGAUGUAUCACGCUCCUGGGAAAAAGCGAGAAUUCAAUGCUUUUGUCCUGGACAAAACCUACUUUGGGCCGUAUGACGAGACCACGUGCAUCGACUGGACAGAUGACUCUAGAUGUUUUGUGGUUGGGAGCAAGGACAUGUCCACCUGGGUGUUUGGAGCUGAGCGCUGGGACAACCUCAUCUACUACGCACUGGGCGGGCACAAGGAUGCCAUCGUGGCCUGUUUCUUUGAGUCCAGCAGCCUGGAUCUGUACUCCAUUAGCCAAGAUGGAGCCCUUUGCGUGUGGCAGUGUGACACCCCGCCUGAGGGCCUGCGGCUGAAGGCCCCCACUGGCUGGAGGGCGGACCUGCUGCAGAAAGAUCAGGAGGAAGAAGAGUUGGAGGAGGCGGGUGAGAGGGAGACCACUGUCCAAGGGAAGGCCAUGCCCACUGAAGAAGAGAGGAAGGGGAAAGUGAAGUACUCGAGGCUGGCCAAAUACUUCUUCAACAAGGAAGGAGACUUCAACAACCUGACUGCCGCAGCCUAUCACAAGAAGGUGCACCUCCUGGUUACGGGCUUUGCAUCUGGCAUCUUUCACCUUCACGAGCUCCCGGAGUUCAACCUGAUUCACUCCCUGAGCAUCUCCGACCAGAGGAUCUCCUCAGUUGCCAUUAACAGCUCCGGGGACUGGAUCGCCUUUGGCUGCUCAGGCCUGGGCCAGCUGCUGGUGUGGGAGUGGCAGAGCGAGUCCUACGUGCUCAAGCAGCAGGGCCACUUCAACAGCAUGGUGUCACUGGCUUAUUCCCCAGAUGGGCAGUACAUUGUCACCGGCGGGGAUGAUGGCAAGGUCAAGGUGUGGAACACCCUCAGUGGCUUCUGCUUCAUUACUUUCACGGAGCACUCAAGCGGGGUCACUGGUGUGACUUUCACUGCCACCGGGUAUGUCAUUGUCACCUCGUCCCUGGACGGCACUGUACGAGCCUUUGACCUUCACAGGUACCGGAACUUCCGGACCUUCACCUCUCCCCGUCCCACCCAGUUCUCCUGCGUGGCCGUUGACUCCAGUGGGGAAAUUGUCUCUGCGGGUGCCCAGGACUCAUUUGAGAUCUUUGUGUGGUCCAUGCAGACGGGCAGGCUCCUCGACGUCUUGUCUGGUCAUGAGGGCCCCAUCAGUGGUCUAUGUUUUAACCCAAUGAAGUCCAUUCUGGCCAGCGCCUCCUGGGAUAAGACAGUGCGGCUGUGGGACAUGUUUGACAGCUGGAGGACUAAGGAGACGCUGACCCUCACUUCCGACGCUCUGGCUGUGACCUUCCGGCCUGAUGGCGCGGAGCUGGCUGUGGCUACGCUGAACUCACAGAUCACCUUCUGGGACCCUGAGAAUGCCAUGCAGACGGGCUCCAUCGAGGGCAGGCACGACCUCAAGUCAGGCCGGAAGGAGCUGGACAAGAUCACGGCUAAGCACUCAGCCAAGGGCAAGGCCUUCACCACACUGUGCUACUCAGCGGACGGCCAGAGCGUCUUGGCGGGGGGCAUGUCCAAGUUUGUGUGUCUCUAUCACGUCCGCGAGCAGAUCCUGAUGAAGAGAUUCGAGCUUUCCUGCAACCUCUCUUUGGACGCCAUGGAGGAGUUCCUGAACCGAAGAAAGAUGACAGAGUUUGGCAACCUGGCUCUCAUUGACCAGGACACCGGGGAGGAGGACGGGAUUGCCAUUCCGCUGCCAGGAGUCAGGAAAGGUGACAUGAGUUCUCGCCACUUCAAGCCUGAAAUCAGGGUCACUUCCCUGCGCUUCUCUCCCACUGGGCGCUGCUGGGCGGCCACCAGCACAGAGGGGCUCCUCAUCUUCUCCCUGGACGCCCAAAUGCUCUUUGACCCUUAUGAGCUGGACACCAGCAUCACCCCUGGGCGGGUCCGUGAGGCCCUGCGGCAGCAGGAGUUCACCCGUGCCAUCCUCAUGGCCUUCCGGCUCAAUGAGAGGACGCUGAUACAGGAGGCGCUGGAAGCCGUGCCCUGGGCGGAGAUCGAAGUCAUCAGUGCAUCUCUGCCCGAGCUAUAUGUGGAGAAGCUGCUGGAGUUCUUGGCCUCUUCCUUUGAGGUCUCUCGGCACCUUGAGUUCUACCUCAUCUGGACACAGAAGCUGCUCAUGCUGCACGGGCCAAAGCUGAAGUCCAGGGCAGGGCAGCUGCUGCCGACGGUCCAGUUCCUGCAGAAGGGCAUCCAGCGGCACCUGGAUGACGUGGCCAAGCUCUGUGACUGGAAUCGCUACAGCAUCCAGUAUGCCCUGGCAGUGUCCAGGCAGCGGGGCACCAAGCGCACCCGGGAAGCACCAGGGCUAGAGGAUGCCGAGAUGUCUGAUGAGGACACCGAGACGUCGGAUGAGGAUAGCCUUCACCUGCUUGGAGGAGCCGAGGACAGGGGAGAGGACAUGAUGUUGACUUAGCUGGCAACAGGGGAGGAGAGGAACUGGUGGUGUUGGUGUCCUGGACACGAGGGCUGGGGGCACACUGAGAUGUGGAGGCAGCCACCUGCACAGCCCAUAAACCCAGCUGGGCAGACCCUGUGUGCAGUGGGCCCCAAAUCUGCAGGUGGUAGUUGUCUGUGUGGCCUUUGUGAGGCUCACAUUUGUGGACUUGUAAACCCUGUGAGUUAUUUUUAUUUUAAUACAGAGACCUGGGGAUGAACUCAGGCAAUACAGGAUUAAAUGUAAACAAUUAAAAGUGUUUGUAAUUAA